AUGGAUAGUGACAAUGCCGAUGGCCUUCCGGAGCACCGGCCGCAGGAGAGGGACCCGACCAUAGAGGAGGAAGAAUGGACGCAGACUCCAGAUCGCAAGGCGAAGAAGAGGAUGCAAAAUCGGGUAGCGCAGCGGACAUAUCGUCAGCGGAUGAAAACGCGAGUGGAAGAGCUGCAAGCCAAGCUGGACCUGCUCGAAGGCGCUCAGCAGCCAGUUGGAUCUGGCGGUGCCAGUGCCAGCACCAGUACCAGCACGAGCCGGGCCGAUACUCCCCAUGGCGCCAUUUCUCGAGCGGGAGAUGAGCGUGGCGGCGGAACCGGGACCGGACCCCGAACUCGAACCGGCAUCGACGAGACUCUGUGCAACUUCCAGCAAGCUUCACGCUACAUGGGCGGUGGAAGUGGAAGUCGCGACUACCAGCCCCUCGCACCCCCUCCUGCUUCCGCAAACCUAUUCGCCCGGCGCUCCGGCUCCAGCGCCAGCACACCCGGGGCUGGGACUGGGAACGGGCCCGGGCCCAGCAUGACAGAUCUAGCAGGAGCAUCGCUGCCGCUGUCGCUAUCGGCUGCCGGCCAACUAAGGCGGACUCCUACGCAGAGCUUCAGUGCUCCUGUGGCCAGGGGCGACACCCGGUCGGUCGGCAUGCAGCUGCUGGACAAUCUGAGCCUCCACUCGCCCUAUCACCGUGACUCAGUUGGACAGUGGGAUUAUUUUGGGCCCGGAGCUUUGCAGCAGCAGCAGCAGCAGCAAAAACACCAACAACAACAUCAGCAACACCAACACCAACAACAUCAGCAGCAGCAGCAGCAUAUGAACCCUCCUCCCGUCCACCGACUUUCCGACAACAUGGCUCUCAUGGACGCCGCAAUGAGCGGCCGGCCCGACGACACAUCAGUAACCGGCAACAACAACAACAGCAGUGUCCCAAUGGACUACGAGGCCCUCGCCUUCGGCAACCGAUCGACACUUUCUGCCAGCGGCGGCGGCAGCGGCACCAUCUGGGGCGAAGCAUCACCGUCGAACAAUUCCUCCCUCUGUGCCGACUACAUGCAACUGUCGUCGACCUUGAACUUGAACUCUUCGCCGCACGAGUCCCGAAAGGCCACCACCACUGGCCCCGGCCCCCCAGCCAUGACAGCCCCGACGACGACAACGGCAAACAACCCCGACACCCUCUCACUGUCACCAUCUACGACACAGCCAGCACCAGCACCAGCUCCACCCCCAGCUUCAGCUCCACUUCCACCCGCCAGCAAUGCGCCGUUAGAAGAGCGCGUGAGACACGUGGCGGACGAAGCACGACGUGUGGGUUGUCCGGACCUCGCCGCUCUCGUCAUGGAAUACCACAACAUCUUUGUCGACGACGAAUCCAACAUGUUGAUGGGCAACGAGGGAAGCGAAACCAGACGUCUGCCGCGCCUCAUAGCCACCUUGCGAUAUGCGAUGCAGGAGUGGAAGGACUGGGAGCGACGAGGCUUUCCGCUAGACUAG